AUGAGUAUUAAAAUACUCCUCUCGGUAAUUUCUGCCUUCAGUAUACUUGUGAAUGCUCAGCAGAAAUAUGUUUUGACGACAGGCCCGACUACAAGACCGCAGUGCUCUGCCACUACCGCCGUUUCUCCUACAUUUGCCUUCUCAACUUUUGCAUUUACCCAGUCAGACACCUAUCGCUAUGCAAUCCCUAUUCCCUCCCCUACUUCUACGGAAACAUUUGCUGCUCCAUUUUCCGCUCUUCGCAGUCUCAUCCCCCCUGUUCCUACAACCACCUGGGGCAGCUGGGAUCCCGCCGGUACUGCGACUGCGACCGAUUUCCAUGAUAGAUAUGGCAGUGCCUCAUGGACUGCACUUUGGGAGAAUGUGCGACCAUUUCUUAUUAAUUUUACAUCUACGGGGAUCUAUAGUACGACUGUUUCGCCGACACCGGUGCCGAGUGCUGAACUUAUAUUGCCGCCAAGAGAUUAUUUUGGUCCAACGGACUGUUACUACUUCCCAGAUGACUUUAUAUAUGGCGCCGCCGGCUCAGCUUCCCAGAUUGAAGGAGCUAUUAGCCACGAAGGCAAAGCGCCAUCUUCAGCGGAUAUUAUCGCCAAAGACGGCCCCAACCCUGAUUACGUGACGAAUGAGAACUACUACCUAUAUAAGCAGGAUAUUGAGCGUUUGGCAGCUAUAGGAGUAAAGUACUAUUCGUUCUCGAUUCCAUGGACUAGAAUUCUUCCAUUUGCUGUUCCAGGUUCACCUGUCAACCAGCAGGCUAUUGAUCACUAUAAUGAUCUUCUCAAUUUUGUCAUAGCAAAGGGGAUGCUCCCCAUCGUUACGUUGAUUCAUUUCGAUACACCAUUGCAGUUCUAUGCCGCAAAUGUCUCAUCUUUAUAUGAAAAACCGGCAGUGGGUUAUAAUAACGGAGCUUAUCAAAAUGAGACUUUCUUGGAUUCUUUUGUUCACUAUGGAAAGAUUGUUAUGACCCAUUUUGCCGAUCGAGUGCCUCUUUGGGUGACGUUUAACGAACCAUUCGUUUACUGCCAGAAUGGAAAGUCUGUGGAUACAGUACUUAAAGCACAUGCUCAAUUAUAUCACUUUUAUCACGAGCAGAUCAAUGGUACAGGCAAAGUUGGAAUGAAAUUCAGCAAUCUAUUUGGUGUACCGCUUGAUCCAUGGAAUGCAUCUCACGUCGAGGCAGCUACUGAUUACAACAACUUCCAACUGGCAAUCUUUGGCAAUCCGAUUUAUCUCGGCAAGGACUAUCCCGCCAUUUAUAAAGAAAGAGUCACGGAUUACGUUCCUCUUACUAAAGAAGAUCUAAAAUAUAUCAAGGGGACAGCGGACUUUUGGGGAACUGACGCGUACACUAUUACGAGCGAGUCACCUUGUUUGAACACCCCAUCCAACGUGUUUUAUCCGGAAUGCGUGCAGCAGAGCUGGAGUGGGAAAUUUGGUUGGAAUGUUGCAUACGCCAGUCAAACAUAUGUUUAUAUCACUCCAACCUAUUUGCGCCAUUACCUGUCAUACUUGUGGAACACGUAUCGCUCUCCAAUUAUCAUUACCGAAUUUGGCUUCCCUAUCGAGAAUGAAGCCUCACUACCACUGCCACAACAGCUCUUCGAUUCACCUCGCAGCCAGUACUAUUUGAGCUUCAUGAGUGAGAUACUGAAAAGCAUCUGGGAGGAUGGUGUGCAGGUACUAGGCGUGAUCGCGUGGAGUUUUGUCGACAAUUGGGAAUUUGGGGACUUUACGCCACAUUAUGGAAUGCAAACUGUGGAUCGAACAACGCAAGAAAGGCGUUAUAAAAAGAGCUUGUUUGACUUUGUCGACUUCAUUCAAGCUAGAACCUGGCCGCAAACGCUCUAUAACGAAGUAAACUGA